AUGGGCUACUCUAUUGGCAAGAUACUCUACGAGCUCGAGCAGGAGCAGUAUGAGAUAGAACUACUUUCCAUGGAACGUGAUUGGGAAUUCUCGGCGGAAAGCUGGUCAUCUCUUGUUGACCUAGGAUGGGACGAGUUCCCUGAUGAAGAAGACCUCUUGGAAAUCGAUGAUGAGUCCGAUGCUGAACAAGAUUAUGAAGCUGACGAUGAUUCUAGGGUCGAUGAUGACUUAGUUUCCGAGAGUAUUGAAUAUGUAUGUUUUGGUAAAUGGUUAGAGCAUGACGGGGAACAAUGGGUUUGGGAGGAUGAUACAGACAUGUGGUCCGACAUGAGUAGGUGA